AUGUCUUUGACGGCUGAGCAAAAAUACGAACUCAUCACCAAGAAUCUUCAGGAGACCCUGAACGGUCAAAUUAUUAAGGAUGUCCUUGCCAAGGGAGAACCUGUCAAGAUCUACUGGGGUACUGCCCCCACUGGUCGUCCCCACUGUGGUUACUUCGUUCCUAUGACCAAGCUCGCUCACUUUUUGCAAGCUGGUUGUGAGGUCAUUGUGCUAUUGGCUGAUUUGCACGCUUUCUUGGAUAAUAUGAAGGCUCCUCUUGAAUUAGUGGAAUUCAGAGUUAGAUACUACGAGAAGAUGGUCAAAGCUAUCCUAAAAUCCAUUGGUGUUCCAAUUGAGCGUCUCAAGUUCACUGUUGGUAAAUCACACCAACUUACUGAGCAAUACACUUUAGACAUCUUCCGUUUGAGUAAUGUUGUCUCUCAAAAUGAUGCCAAGAGAGCUGGUGCCGAUGUUGUCAAACAAGUAUCGAAUCCUUUACUUAGUGGUCUUAUUUAUCCUCUUAUGCAAGCUCUUGAUGAGGAGCAUUUGGGAGUUGAUGCCCAAUUCGGUGGUGUUGACCAGCGUAAGAUUUUUGUUCUUGCUGAAGAGAACUUGCCCUCUAUUGGAUACAAGAAGAGAGCUCAUUUGAUGAACCCCAUGGUUCCUGGUUUAGCUCAAGGUGGAAAGAUGUCUGCCUCGGAUCCCAACUCUAAAAUUGAUCUUAUUGAGGACCCUGCUACUGUUAAGAAGAAGAUUUCCAAGGCUUUUGCUUCUCCUGGUGUUGUUGAGGGUAAUGGACUUAUUUCAUUCGUUGAGUUUGUUGUUCUUCCUAUUUCCGAGAUCAAGGAUGGUAAGCCAACCUUCCACAUUGACCGUCCUGAACAAUGGGGUGGUCCAGUUACUUACACAAGCAUUGAGCAGCUCAAGGCUGACUACAGCUCUGAGAAGCUCUCACCUCCUGACUUGAAGAUUGGUGUGGCCGAUGCUAUCAACAAGCUUUUGGAUCCUAUUCGUGCUGAGUUUAUUAAUAAUGCCGAAUUCCAAGAGCUCGAGCGUGCUGCUUACCCUCCUGAGGUUAAGCAAGUCAAAGAGAAGAAGGUCAAGAACAAGGGUACUAAGUUCCCUGGUAACAAGCCUGCUGCUACUGAGGAGCCUGCCGCCGUUGCGGAAGUCGAGCAAAAAUUGGAGUCGACUACUAUUAGUAACUAA